AGUGGCGCGGAUGUUGUUGACUCAGAUUGCAGCCAGCUCUCAACCUGUGGAAGAUUACAUGCGAGACGCCGCGCGAUCCCGCACCCCUUUGUCGGGACAGCCUGUGAGACUUCGCGUCCCCGAGCCCCACGCCUGAGGGCGACAUGAACGCGCUGGCUUUGCGACCAGUCCGGACCCGCGACCGCUUCUGGCAGCCCGAACCCGCGCUCCUUCCUCCGGGGUGACGUGCAGCCCGCCGCCCAGACAUAUGGCUCCAAGCCCAAGACCCCAACAUACCACCCUGCACUGGAGGGAUGCCCACGCCUUCUACCUCCUGUCUCCGCUGAUGGGCUUCCUCAGCCGGGCCUGGAGCCGCCUGAAGGGCCCAGAAGUCCCAGAGCCCUGGCUGGCAGAAACACUAACAGGUGCAAGUCAGAGAGAGGCUACGCUGACACCUCCCCUUGUCCCUGAGAAUCACCUCCCGCACGGGAAGGCUGAAGAAAGUGGAGCCCCUGGGCAGAGUGAAGCAGCCCAGGGGCCCUGUCACGAUGUGGAAGCCAGCAGUUCCCUUCCUAAAACUUGGGGACUUUCAGAUGACGAAUUCGAUGAAAAGCAGCACGCGCGCCCAGCUGGCCUGCCUGAACUCCUGUCCCCAGGCCUGCAAGAGGCUGAUAAGAGCCUUGGGGAGGUGGUGGCUAAAAAGGGUGUGGCUGGGCUGCCUUAUCCCACACCACACUGGGAGGGUUGCCCAGCCGAGGAUGGACAACCUGUGAAGGCAGCUUUCCAAGGCUCUGCUGCUUACCUGCCUCCAGGAAACAAACCCAGCACUUCUGUCUAUCACCCAGGGGAGGCCGGACAGCAAGCCACGGAGGAAAAAAGAACAGAAACUAAAGCUGGCCUCCUCAACUCUCCUUCUGGAUCCCACUCCAGAGCCUGGGACCACCUCUGCCCUCAAGAGGGGCCCAAGCAGGAGAGACAAGCCAACGCGGAGCCACACAGGACAGGGCAGGGUCAGCCUUGUCAGAAUGCAGAAACCGACGAAGAGAGAGAAGCUGAGGCUUCGUCCUUGUCUGUCUGUGCUGGGAGUGCCUUCCUGAAGGCUUGGGUGUAUCGCCCGGGAGAGGACACGGAGGAGGAAGACGAUGGUGAUUGGGGGUCCACAGAGGAAGAGGAAGAUAAGGCCUUGUCCGCCCCUACCUCUCCUGCACAUGCCGUCCUGAAGGCUUGGGUGUAUCGCCCAGGAGAGGACACGGAGGAUGAUGAUGAUUGGGGGUCUGAGGAGGAAGAUAUAGCUCACACCUGUGCCGCCCCGCCUACAAGUGCUCUCCUGAAGGCUUGGGUCUACUGCCCAGGAGAGGACACGGAGGAUGAUGAUGAUGAUGAUUGGGGGUCUGAGGAGGAAUAUGUAGCUCACACCUGUGCCGCCCCGCCUACAAGUGCUCUCCUGAAGUCCUGGGUCUCCUGCCCAGGGGAGGACACGGAGGAGGAAGACAGUGACUCGCCAUCAGCUGAGGAAAUCGUAGCCCAGGCCUGCGACACCCCCCAUACAAGUGCUCUCCUGAAGGCCUGGGUCUCCUGUCCAGGGGAGGACACGGAGGAGGACACGGAGGAGGAAGAUGACUGUGACAGUGUGGCCCCAGAUAAUUCAGAAAUAGCUGACUCAGGCAGAAGUUCCAGCUUUCGCCCAGGAGGAGGCAGAAAGCUGUGAGGAAGCAGAGCGCUCUCCCUCCGCGUGGCCUUCUAUUUACCUGGAGAGACACCAGCACCACCUUGGGCUGCUCCUAAGCUGCCCCUUCCGCAAAGGAGGCUCAGAUUGUUUAAAGCCCCGCCCAGGAUCGGGGCCUUUGGCAACUGGAAACAGUGGGAAGUCCACGGGGUCAGCAUGAGGACUGAGGCCCAAGCAACACGGGCAGCUGUGCAGGGAGACAGCGCAGCACAGGUGACCCGGAAGAGAAGGAAGCGCUGA